CCGCCGCUGCUGACUGGGCCGUGUCCCCCAGACGCCGCGGCCGGCGGGAGGCGAGGCGGGGCGGGGCGGGGCGGGGCGGACGCUGCGUAGCGGGAGUGCCGGGGCGGCUCGAGGGUGUGUGGAGGCGCCGCUCCCCUCCCCCCGCAGCGCAGUGCGCAGGCGGCGGCGCGGCGCGAUGGCGGCCGAGGACGGCGGGGAUGAGGUCCGAGUGCUGCAGAACCUCCGGGGCAAGAUCUGUGAAGCCAAACAUUUAGUACCCAACAAAAUGAGAGAUGUUUUCUGUACUAUAAACUUGGACCAAGAGGAAGUUUUUCGUACGCAGGUAGUUGAAAAAUCUUUAAGCCCUUAUUUUGGGGAAGAGUUUUACUUUGAGAUUCCAAGAACCUUCCAAUGGUUGUCCUUCUAUAUUUAUGAUAAGAGCGUUUUACAAAAAGACCUGCGUAUAGGCAAAGUUUCAAUCAGAAAAGAAGAUUUAUGCAACUACACAGGCAAAGAGAACUGGUUUUUGCUUCAACCUAUUGAUUCUAAUUCAGAGGUUCAGGGAAAAGUUCACCUUGAAUUAAAACUGAAUGAACUGAUAACAGAUAAUGGAUCUGUGUGCCAGCAGCUAGUAGUACACAUAAAGGAAUGCCACGGGUUGCCUCUCAUAAAUGGACAGAACUGUGACCCUUAUGCAACAGUCUCUCUCGUGGGUCCUUCCAGGAAUGACCAAAAGAAGACCAAAGUAAAGAAGAAAACAAGCAAUCCGCAGUUUAACGAAACAUUUUAUUUUGAGGUAACCAGGUCCAGCAGUUAUACCAAAAAGUCCCAAUUUCAGGUGGAAGAAGAAGAUAUUGAGAAAUUGGAACUCAGGGUUGACCUAUGGAACAACGGAAAUUUGGUACAAGAUGUCUUUCUAGGAGAAAUUAAAGUUCCUGUGAAGGUCUUAAGAAACGAUUCCUUUCAAGCAUGGUACUUACUUCAACCAAGAGAAAAUGGAAACAAGUCUUCUAAAACUGAUGAUCUGGGAUCACUUAGAUUAAAUAUUUGCUAUACUGAAGACUAUGUACUUCCAUCUGAAUACUAUGCUUCUUUAAGAAACUUGCUGCUAAAAUCAUCAGAUGUUCAGCCAAUUUCUGCAUCUGCUGCCUACAUUUUGAGUGAAGUGUGUCGAGACAAAUAUGAUGCUGUUCUGCCUCUUGUAAGAUUGUUGCUACACCACCAUAAGCUGGUUCCAUUUGUCACUGCAGUGGCAGAGCUAGAUCUGAAGGACACUCAAGAAGCAAACACAGUUUUCAGAGGGAACACAUUAGCAACUCGAUGUGUAGAUGAAAUGAUGAAAAUAGUGGGGAGGCACUACCUAAAAGUUACUUUGAAACCAGUUCUUGAUGAGAUAUGCGAGUCUCUAAAACCCUGUGAAAUAGAUCCCAUCAAACUAAAAGAAGGUGAUAAUGUAGAAGUUCAUAUGGAAAAUCUACGCUAUUAUGUAGACAAAGUAUUCCGUGAAAUUGUGCGGUCAAGUAUAAGUUGUCCUACCCUAAUGUGUGAUGUUUUUUAUUCUUUGAGGCAUCUGGCUGCCAAAAGGUUUCCAAAUGACCCUCAUGUACAGUAUUCUGCAGUGAGCAGCUUUGUGUUUCUUCGUUUCUUUGCUGUAGCCGUAGUCUCACCUCAUACUUUUCAUUUACGACCUCACCAUCCAGAUGCACAGACUUCUAGAACAUUAACUCUUAUAUCAAAAGCCAUCCAGACUUUGGGGAGCUGGGGAAGUUUGACCAAAAGCAAACUUUCAAGUUUCAAGGAGACGUUUAUGUGUGAGUUUUUCAAAACAUUUCAAGAAGAAAAGUUUACUGAAUCUGUUAAAAAGUUCCUAGAUGAUGUUUCCUCUACUGAAAGUAAAGAGCCCAGUGGUCUGAGUGAGCCAGUACAUCUAAAAGAAGGAGAAAUGUACAAAAGAGCUCAGGGAAGGACUCGGAUUGGUAAAAAGAAUUUCAAGAAACGGUGGUUCUGUCUAACAAGUAGAGAAUUUACCUACCACAAACAACAAGAUAAAGAACCAAUUUUCACUAUUCCAAUCAAAAACAUCCUUGCAGUGGAGAAGCUUGAUGAGAGCUCCUUCAACAAGAAAAAUAUGUUUCAAGUACUACAUGGAGAGAAGCCACUCUAUAUCCAAGCAAAUAACUGUGUGGAAGCUAGUGAGUGGAUAGAAGCUCUCUGCCGGGUAACGAGAUGCAACCAGAAGAGACUUAGUUUUUACCAUCCUUCUGCUUUUCUGAAUGGGAACUGGCUUUGCUGCAAGGCUACUGUAGAGAACAUAGUCGGCUGUGCUCGUUGCACUGCAGGUGUUCCUGCUGAUACUCAAAUUGAGAUUGAUGGAGAUAGAGAGACAGAGAGAAUUUACUCACUUUUCACCAUCAACAUAUCUAAACUUCAGAAGCUGGAAGAGGCUUGCGGAAGUAUAGCAGUCUAUCAAGGUCCACAGAAAGAACCAGAUGACUAUUCUAACUUCACAAUUGAAGACUCCGUAGCAACCUUUCAUACACUUAAACAAAUAAUAGAUAUAGUAGAAAAGCUGAAUGACUCCCAUGAAAAAUAUCGAAAGAAGAGAUCAUCUAGUGCUAAAUAUGGCAGUGAAGAAAAUCCAAUUGUUGGAAAAGUUUCCUAACCAAAACAAACUGUGGCUUAUGUGGAUGAAGAAGAAACUGGAAAUGUUCCUGGGUUGUCUUUAGUUUUUUGUUUUGUUUUGUUUUUUAUUCAUUACCUACACUUUUACAAAGUAUUUAAGAAUGAACAUAAAUGCUAGUUGUGUUGACAAUCUAUUUAAUAUUUAAUAGAAAACUUUCUGGUCGGAAAUCUGGUCUUAAAGUUUAUUCCCAUUUUGCUGAAGAACUUGAAAUUCCAGGUUCUUGAAGUAACAGAUGUGAAUAAAUCUAAAUGUUUUUCUGCCAUUGCUGUCUAACAAAUAAGCUUUUUAAUGGAAGAAAAUCAAUACAGCAGUUGUUGAUUGGAUUACAUCUCUGAGUAUAUAUACUGCAAACUUGCAUCAGUUUACCAUGAAUGCCUGCCCUGCUGAUAUGGAUCUUGAAAUCGAAAUCCUGAGAUACUUUGACAUGGAAAAAAUCUGAAGCUUCAUAUUCAAUUCAUUUGACUUUUUUCUCACAUUAGGUUUUGUCAGGACUUGAUUUGACUUAAUCCUGGAGUCUUACAAAAUCAUGCAGUAUGUUGCAUACAAUCUGGACAGCAGAUACCAGUGUUAGUUUUUUGGGUUUUUUUUAAAGUACUAAAGAAGAAGAAAUCAGGGAACGUAUAUUGUGCCUUGUGUUUACAUUUGGGGUGAGUAAUACAUGGAGUGACAUUAGACCACUAUCUGUUUUCUUUAGGAUUUUUUUAAGGUACAGAUUUUUUUCUUUAUUUUAAUAAGAAAUGCAGGGUAGCAACAUCCCUCCAAAAAAGUUUGCCUACAGACAGAAAAAUUCAAGUGUGAACAGAUUGUGGUUGAGAAAGUACUGAUCAAUUUACCUGAUCCCACAUAUGAUUUUCUUUUUUAAUAAAAAGUAAUAAUUAUGCCCAGUUUAUCUUUUGACUACAAAUCUACUAAAUAAUGCAUCUCUAGUAUAAUCACUCAAAGCACUUUAGAUAUCUGGACUAUCCCAGAUUAUUUUUAGAUACUUUGUAGUAUCUGCUUGUUAUGAUCAGUUGAAUGAUCAAUGUUGUUUUGUCAAUGCUUAAGUGAUAUUUUUGUGUCUUUAGUUGUAUAGAUUCUUAUUUGCCAGUUAACACAAUUUUAAACUGGCAUUCUUGACUUUUGGAAGAUUAAUUUUUUUGCUCACUUCAUCUGAGAAUUAAGGUUGUUAUGUUGAAAGAAUAUAUAUGUAUAGAACCAGGAAGAAGCAAAGGUAUUACUGUGGCAACUUUGCUUCAGCAGUAUUAAAUGCAAUGGUACUCCUUGGAUUUUUUUUUUAAUAAUAACUGUCUAUGUGUGGUACUUCUAUUUUUGGAGCAUUUACUGUGGGGUCUUUUGUUUUUUUUACAAUCAUGAUUUGCCCAAAAUAAUUAGGAAUGUAAUUUACCAAUAGAAAGAGUAGAAAUUCACAAUACUUGAAAACUCUAAUGUACACUCUACAUUUGCAAUACUGUUGUAGGGAGGCUUUCUACAGAAAUACAGCCCAAUUGGCAAGACAAGAUUGAAAUAUCUUUUGAAAUGAAUGUAACUAUUGAAAAAUGAAUAUUUGUUUUAAUACUAGAACAAUUAUUAGAGAAUAUCUGGAAUUCUGAACCAGUAUCUGCAGUGUCACAAUCACUUAAUCACGUGCCACUGUUUUUGCCUUUUUUAUAUACAUUUAUAUUCUAAGGGACUUUUAUUUGACAUCAGUUGAAAUUGGGGGGGGGGGGGGAACUUUAUUAAUGCCAGGAAAUGUGUUUUGCCAAAGUCAGGUGUGUCUGAUGAAUUGCCAUUAAAAAGCUGCCAUUAAAGUUGAAUGCUAUUGUGUGUCAAAGUUAAGUUUUGUGUAUUGGCCAACCCUGUUGCAAAAGGUCUGUUCCUUGGAGCCAUUUUCUGUUGUUUUCGAAGUCAAAUUUAUGAAAAAUUAAAUUGUAUGCUAUUGCAAAAUUUUUUGAAAAAUAUGCACUUUUUAUUUGCUUUGGUACUGGAAUAUCUAGAAAAAACAAAGGCCAUUUGAUAUUUGUGACCAUUCAGAUUUAAUUUCUCAUUUAAUAAUUUUUAAAAGGCAGUAGAUGUUCUAGAAUUUAUUUAGGUACAAGUAGGAUGAUUAAUAAUAAAAGUUGCCUUCAUUUCGAUUAGUCUAGAAAGAAAACAUUAUUCAGUAAUUAGGUCUAUUUGGAUUGUAAAUUAUCAUUAGUUUUAAUUUGUAUUAUGAUGAUGUAUUGUUGAAUGUAUUUUUAUUUAAAUUUUAUUUUCUUAUCAAGAUAUUAAAAUGUUUUGUAACAUUGCUUGAGAAUAACUCACAAAUAAAUUUGCAACAAACUUGA